CAUAAAUUCGUCUGCUUGUCGUUCGGCUUCUUUGAGAAACAGGUGUCAGGAUACGAGAUUCAGCACUCUUUUUAAAAUCAGUACAAUUAGUUUCCGUCAUGUUUCCGUAUAUAUCAUUUGAUUAUUAAUUUUAUUUCGAAAAAAUGAUAUCUACUAAAAUUUCAAGUUUAGUUCUAUUACGAAAAGACGGAAACAUCCUUUUAGGCUUAAAAAAACGAGGCUUUGGCGCAGGAAAAUGGAAUGGAUUUGGCGGUAAGAUCCAAGAAGGUGAAUCCAUACUUGAAUGCGCUAAAAGGGAACUCUUAGAAGAAUCUGGCAUUUAUGCAGAUCAUUUGGAUAAUGUGGGAUAUUUAGAAUUUGAAUUCAUUCAAAAUCCACUAAUUAUGCAAGUCCAUGUGUUUACAUCCUCUACAUUCAAGGGACAACUGCAAGAAACUGAAGUUAAAGCACAAUCCCUUUCAAGGCAUCUGCAUUUUCCCUCCAGUAACUGCAUUGUUUUAGACUUUUGUCAAGUUUUUGCUGAGGAUUAAAACAAAGUGGUCUGAGAUUAUAAAUACUACUGCAAUUAUUAUGCAGUGUUUUUUGCUGCCUACGUAUCUUUUUCUUGCUUGCCUGCUUCAUUAUUAAAAAUGUAAUGAGUCAUAAUCAAAAUUGGGGUGUGCAGAUUUUCUCCAUUGCGGUCUGCCAUGCAAUAAGAUGUUUCUAAAUAGAGCAAUCAACAA